AUGAGCAUAGAUACCGAAAAUAUGACGUAUGAGUCUUGCAAUGAUGAUAUAUUUUAUGAUGCUUUUGAGAUGUCAUGUCUUGAUACUCAUAAAACUUCACAGGAACAGUUCUCCGAAUCUGAUCCGAACGGUUUAGAUAAUCUCGACUCGUCAGUUACAGGUCUGAAUGAAACAUAUUCUCUUCCAAACGAAGCCCCAAUAUUGCUUUGCAAUCAACUGCCAUUUCUGGAUAAUGCGAUAAAAUCUAUUAAAAUUCAAUCAAAUGAUGGGGAAAUAAAGUUUGCUUCGGUACAUUUAACAAGCGCGCCUAAUGCAGAGAGUCCUAAAUGCUACACUUCAACAAAACUCAACAAACCGUUAAAGGGAUGUUAUGAGGGUCUAAAGGAAGGUCAAAGCUCGUCUAAAGACCACGGCUUUGAAAUAAAAUCCAACAAAAGACAAUCUGACUGUUGCCCAGUAAAUGUUGAUGGUGAUCAUUUAAAAUCAGCCUGUGAUACUAUCACAAAUUUACCUCUAGUUUCGGAAAAAGCAGGUAUAAGUCACUCGAAUGACCGACUUGACUGUAAGGCGGAUAUGGAAACUUUUGGAGAAGGUGCGAAAUCUCUCGUGGAUACUUUACCUGAUUCUCGUGAUAAAAUGGUUAUUGAACAAAGGGUUAAUUGCUUUAUCUCCCACAACUUUACAGAAGUCGAAUUUGGUACUUUGGAGGAAAAAGAAGAGGAAUUGUCGCCAAUCGAUUCGAAUGACUUUAACUUAGAUACCUCAAAAUGCGUCUUGAAUAAAUCGUAUGAGGAAUUUGAAUCGAUUGAAAUUGAUUCUUCAUCCGUCUUUGGUGGUUAUGAUAUCUUAAGUAGUAGUCGAGAAAAAUUGAUGCUGGAACCAGAAAGUGUUCAGGAGGAACAAACUAUGGCAAAUGGCUGUGAAAGUGGGGCUAACAGUGUGAAUUUAUCGGAUGUUAAAGAAGUUUCUGAGCAAAUCAAGUCUACGGUGAAAUCAAACGCAUUACGGGAAGUGGAUUCUUUAACUGAUUCUGUGGAAGCCAAUUCAGCGGAUACAAGUAUAUGUACCGCAGUAGAUAUUACAGUCGAGUCACAGGAGGAAUUCCUAUCAAUUGACAUGGAUUCUUCCACCUUCGAGGAUCAAAUUGAUUUAGAUAAGACUUCCAAUAAGUCAAAGGAAAAUGAUAAUGUAACUUCAGAAUUUGAAAUACCUCAAGACAUUCUUGAGGAGAUUCGAGAGAAGCGCAAACCGAAUCCACCAAAACGAAUUCUAACGCCAGAAGAAGACACAAGAAGAAAUAAAUUUCCGAGAAUGACAAAACAGAUCCUUCAAAAAGUCUGCAAAGAACAAAAGCUCUACCAGACUCCAUAUCUUAACGAAAUUCUCUACCUUCACUACCGAGGAUUUGGAUGGAUAGAGAAUUUGGAAGACUACACAGGACUGAGAUGUCUGUUCCUCGAUGUCAAUGGAAUUGACAAAAUUGAGGGAUUGGAAUAUCAGACGGAAAUGCGUUGUCUUUUUCUGUCGAAGAAUCUCAUCAAGCGUAUAGAAAACCUCGAUCAUAUGAUCCACUUGGACACCUUGGAUAUAAGCCACAACAUGAUAUCAAAAAUUGAAAACCUGGCCACGCUUCCUGUCUUAACGAAGUUGAUAAUAUCUCACAAUAAACUUGAGGCUCUGGAAGAUAUCGAACAUCUGCGUGAAUGCAAAUCGUUGACUAUUAUCGAUCUGCAACAGAAUCACAUCUCAACUCCGGAAGCUUUAGAGAAGGUCUUUGCACAAAUGCCAAGUCUGCGAGUGCUCUACAACCAAGGAAAUCCAUUUAUUAAGGAUGUGAAGUACUAUCGAAAGAAUUUCAUUAAUCAAUGCAAAGAGCUCACUUAUCUAGACGAUCGACCGGUAUUUCCAAAAGACAGAGCCUGUGCUGAGGCAUUUUAUCGGGGAGGAGCAGACGAAGAAAACCGUGUCCGGAAGGAGCUGAAUGACGCUGAACAAAAACGGAUUAGGGAUAGCUGUAACUGGCUUUCUGAAAGAAGGAAGAAAAUUGAGGCAGCAAAUCGUGAAAAAGAGUUGGCAGAAAAGGGUAUGCCAAAUGUUCACAUCAACCUAGAUGAGGCAGACUGGCUGUACAAUGAAAAACAGUCUGAAAAUCUUGAUGAAGGCGCUGUAGAAAGCAAUGAUCCCCCAAAAUCAAACGAGGCUUCAAGUGUUGGAGAAGUUAGGGAAAACGGAAUAUUGCAAAAUGCUGAUGGCGAUUGUAAAGUUCAAAUAUCGAAUGGUAGGGAUGCUAACACUGAGGAGGUCACUUGCUCAAAAAACAUUCCAGAAAAUUUAGCGAAACAGAAAGAGAAUGGUGGCCUAGCAUUUUCCGUAACAAUUGAUUCGGAUAGUUCGGAUGAAUCCACCAUUGAAGUUCUCGGACCCAAUGACAGAAAGGAAGAGAUUGCAGAAGAACCGAAUUCUAGAAAUGGUGAUUCCAAUAAUGAAGGCAAAGAAAAUAUGGAGUAA